GGAAACCCUGGCUGUUCUCCACCUGCAGUGAAAACAUUGAUGAUCAAUUAUCAAAGCAGGUCUGAUCUAGAAUAUAUUCGCAAGAAUGACUUCUUCCAUCCCCGCCAGCAUCGUCUCCGACACGGAGUUGAUGAAGAACCAAAAGUAUGCCAGCGUCAUGGACCCUGCUCACCAGUUUGAUGUGCUGCAAAACCAAGAUGGAACCUCCCUUUUCUUCUCCAUCGGCGCCGAUGAAGUUUUGUACGCUACUCGAGAGACCGCGGCAUCUCAAACUGGCUGGAUCAAAUAUGAUAUCUCAAGCUCCCUUGCCGGCAGAUUUGCGCAAAAGACAAUUGCCGCCAAGCAGUUCGCUGCGACUCAGAGUCCACGUUCCACAAGUAGUGUGGACUUGGCCCUUGUCACUAGCGUCAAUGGGAAUGAUUCUCUUUACAUAGCUCUGGAUGUUCCCAAUACUCCGGAAACGUGGGAAAGUUUUCCUUACUGGGUGGAUGCUUCAUUCGAUGCCCAAGGCAGAGCACCACCUCUCCCGUUUACUAUAGCUGACGUAUAUCUGAUGAACAUCCCUGAGACGGGAGUACUAUGUUUUGCCGAUGUGAUAAGAAACCCGGCCGAUAACACCCAGGUGGUAGAUCGAUAUUACAUCGAUGUCAACUCAUCCCCGAAGUGGACCUUCCACCCCCUACCGGAUGAUAUCAGUGCCGGUUCUGUGGUUAGUUGCUUAGGCAAGCGACCUGAGGAUCCGGUCGGUGGCAUCUACACCUUCGGAUUCAUUGGGUCCAAUCAGGAUCUGAUCUAUACGCCCGCAGCGACCAAGGACAACCCCUUCCCCGAAAGCAUUCAUUUGGUGAUACCGCCUCAGGCCACGACUAUUGCGUCCAUGUUAGACUCUUCUGGGAACACUUUUCUGUUCACUAUAUGGCCCUUGACCGCUACAAUCUGGGUGUUCAAACCAGACCAGCAACAUAACGGCGACUAUGCGGAACUAGCAGUCGACUCGAAUUUCUUACGUCAAACUAACAUCCUAUACGGCACACAGACCCUCACUGCGACAAGUGCCGGUGGUCGCACAGUGCUCUGGGGUCUUAACAGCUCGUCAGAACUAUACAGUCUAUCGUGCCCGUCUGGGUCCGAAACAGACCCAAGUAAAUGGUCCAACCCCGUGCCGAUCUGCUACGAUGUCCUCCAAUUCGCACAUUACCUGAAUGCCUACCAAAAUGCGGCGAACAGCGUUUUGUUCGCUCAAACCUCCGAGGACCAGUUGAUGCAACUGACACAGAAUCCGAACACCUCAAUCUGGGCCGAACGCAGCGUACUCCUACCUGCAGAUAACGUCAACUCGAUGAUUGAAUUCAACAGCUACACUAGUCACAUCAAGGUUGCAGAUACCAACGGCAUGGGAGUCCCUAACUAUCCUGUUUCCCUCAGCUCCUCCAGUCCCACUUCAGUAAAUGUCAACGAUGUCUACAUGAUCCUCCGGCCUGAUGAGAUGAUCCAAAUCUUGACAAAUUCGGCCGGCGCUGUCACUAUCAUCGAGGAGACACAGACACUGUCAGGUACAACGAUCAAUGUCACGGUCAGCGUGAACGGUCAGAACAUAGUUGAGAUAAUCGACCCGCAUGACAACGUCUGCCAGCGACUGUCAACCGUCACUUCAUAUGAAAGUCUGCUUGCGGCGACUGUGACUGACUCCAAUGGAGUGACCUACCCCCUUGUGCCCAUGUCAUCGGUGGCGUUGGACCAAUUGUUAUUUGCAGCAGACGAGUUCAAAACCCUACUGGACAUCAAACCGCAGCUACUUGUCAAUGGUAUCGCGAAAAAGAAGCCGGCAUUCAUGACUGAUGGACCCGCGAAAAGCGGUCCCUCCAGCCAAAGCAUUGGCAGCUGGUUCAAGCUUCUAUGGGGUGACAUGGUGCGGUGGUUUAAGAAAGCGUGGAAUACUGUCAAGAGGGCCUAUACCCAGAUCAUUGACGGGGUAUGGCACUUUAUUGUCGAGGUUGGAGAGGAUAUAUAUUCCGCAGUGAUUGAUACCGUGGCGGCUGUUGUUGGCGCAGCAGAGUACGUAUUCAACCAGAUUGCAGUUGCUUAUGACGAAAUUGUCAAAUACUUGGGCUUCCUUUUCAAUUGGGACGACAUCAAGCGCACCCACUUCGUCGUUAAAAACAUUCUCAAGUUAUCUGCCCAGCAGGUGACCAACUCAAUUACCGACAUUGAAGAUGGAAUCAAAAGCUCAUUCGCCACAAUCCAAGAGAAGGUCGACCAAUGGAGCGAUCUCCCGGAUUCUGGCCAGACAAUUGGCCAGCUGCAAGCAUCGCAGUCAAGUGUCCCGUCUAGUGACAGCCCACAGGCAAAUUGGGCGCUGCACCAUGCCACAAGCAAUCUACAGAAUGCACAGUCAGAUCAUGACCCCAAAGUACCAGUUACGAAGGAGCUAGAAACUGCCUUCAAAGACCUGUCCAACUUGAUGACCACGGAGGAGGGAGAUAUCAUCGCCAUGAUAAACAGCCUUGUGGAUGUUGUCAAGGACUUUGCAUCACUGAGCGCAACACAGCUAUUCGAGAAAAUCGCCGGAAUUAUAGUCGACUUUGUUCUGAAUACGGUCGAGAAUUGUGUGUUAACGCUACUGGAUCUAACUAAGCUGUUCACUGAAGCGUUUUUCGCCGUCCUCGACGCACCUUUGGAUAUCCCCAUUCUGUCUCCCAUUUACAAGGAUAUUACCGGUGAUCAGCUCAGCUUUUUGGAUCUCGUCUGUCUCAUUGGUGCAAUCCCAGCAACCGUCAUCUACAAGGCAAUCACCAAUACCGCUCCCUUCGCGGCAAACGAUCUCACCAACCAGUUGAUCACGGCGCCCGACUAUGCUGCACUUCGCAAUAUCUUCGAAACAUCACAGCCUACCUCGGAGCAGCAAAAUGCGUAUGCGAAAUACAUGGCCAUCGCAGGUGGAGGAAAGUUAGUGGCGGUUGACAAGGCCGAGGUAUUCAACAUCUGCACCGAAGUGUCCAACCUCGUGGGGUUCACAUGCAGCUGGAUCGUUGAUUUGUGCUCGGUUCUUAAGUUUGCAGGAGAGACCCAAACCAAAACAGUACAAGGCAUCAGCAUGGUGUCUUACCUGGGGUAUGUCAUGCCAGACAUAAUGGGCGGGCUUCAAACCAGCCGGACUUGGUACAAUGGUCUAAAUUGGGGUAUAACCGGGGUCAGCAUCCUCAAGGUCGGGGUUGACAAUAUCCUCACAGAUGAGACUUAUCAAGAUACCAUUGGGCCGCUCGUGGAGGCCGGACUCAAUGUGGCCUGGGUUGUGCCCGCUAUUGGCGACUUCGUUGAGAACAAUCGAACGAGAAGCGCUAAAGAUACCUACGCGGGCAACAUCUUGUUUGAUCUUGGCGGCAUAAUGGCCCCGGGCACCUCCAAGUCUCUUGUCGGCCCGGAGGCGGCAGCAGUUUUUUUGGCCGUCCAGAGUGCUUUGACUGCAGGAUACGGGAUUUGCUGCUUGAUGACGACGGAUGAUAUGGCUAAUGGGGACUAAUCUAGUCAGUCGCAUUGGAC